UCUGUGGUCGGCCAUUUUGGUUUCUGAUAAUCUGACUGGCCGUCGAAACAAUUUUAAUGUUUUUCAAUCUACCUGUAAUUUUAACACUUAAUUAACAUCGGCAUUACGCGACAUAAUCGCUGCCCUUUCGCCACCAUCAUUGCUUCGUGUGCUACACGCCUCCAAGGAGGUCAAAUAGUGUCUCAACGAUCAGCUGUCACGUACUACUGACGUGUAGAACACAAACAAAUCUGAUAUUUUGGGUUUGCUAUGCUGUUUUCACGAUGAACGGUACGUUUUACGAGCAGCUCGGGGGCGUAGCCGGGGUGUUCGAGCAAUGGGGCGCGUGUGAGCAGACGGUGUUGGCCUGCACGUUAGCUCGGCGGGUGCCAUGGCCGGGGCUGAAGCUGGUGCAGCGGGCCGUGGAGGCGGCGCUCCGCAGCCACGUUGAGGACGAGCGCCUCGAGCGCGAAGCCAACGACGAGGUGCUGCUGGCCGCCCUGCUCACGGCGCGCGACGGCGACGACGAUGACGGAGGCGAACGUCUCCGGCGCCUGCUGGCGCUGCUGCCGCUGCUGCGCAUGGAGAACGAGCGCUGCAAGGACGUGUACGUGAGCGCGGCGCCGGCGCUGGUGCAGCGCUGCGUGGACGCGCCGCGCCGCUCCUCCGCCGUGCCCGAGCUCUGCCGCCAGCUGCUGUCCUACCUGCUCGUGCACCCCGCCCUCACACAUCAUGAUCAAGGAACAUUGACACAAUGGUUGAGAUACUUGGACAACCACAUUUCGGGCAACAGAACAGAAAGCGUGUGGCAACAGAGAAUAGACCCGUGUCUGAUGCCAGACACAAACAUAUGGAGCUCAAACAACACAUUCAGACGGACCAUUGGCAAAAAUGUAGAGUUCCGGGGAAUUAUAGACACAGUAGACCACUUCAGCACAGACUUGCUUCAAGAAUCAUUCUCGAAGAAUGGUAGGGAUGUAGAUAUAAGUAUUGAAGGGGAAAAAUUAAACUUUGACGCGACUAUAGCCCAGCCGAAGUCACAGCGAUCCAACAGCCUGACCCCACCGUCGACUAACUUCAUGCACAUGUCCUCGUCUGCAGAAAAUCUGAGCGACGAACCUUUUGUACAGAAACCUAGAAGUUUUUCACUGUCCAGUGAACAUAGUUUGAGUCAAAUUAGACCUAUUAGUAUAAUGUACGGGACGACGGGUAGUGAGACGAGGUUAGACGACCUGAGAUCGCACAACUUCGGUGAGCACGCCGGGAUGUCGAUGGUCGCGCAGUGGUUGAAGAGUUUGCGGCUUCAUAAGUACGUGUGGCUGUUCACCAACAUGAGUUACGAGCAAAUGAUGACGAUGGAUGAGAAGUAUCUAGAGAAAUUAGGAGUAACGAAGGGCGCCCGGCACAAGCUGCUGCUGUCCAUCAAGAAGCUGAACGAGCGUAGCGCCGUGCUGGAGGCCGUGGAGGCCGAGCUGGCGGCGGCGGGGGCGGGGGGCGCUGCGGGCGCGGCGGCGGGGGGCGCGGCGGGGGCGGGGCGCGCGCUGCAGCGGCUGCGCGCCGUGCUGCUGAGCCCCAUGCCGCCGGCCGGGGACCUGCCCGCCAAGGUCGUGCGCGCGCUGCACACCGCAUCAAAAUGCCUGAACAGUACGCCUUGUCCUCCGAGUGUGCGCAUGACGUCACAGUUGCUGUCGGAGGACGGCGAGCACGAGCCCCCGGUGGACCCCAUGUCGCUUCACUGCUGGCUCGUCGAGAAGGCUUUACACCAUGAGGCGUUUAACCGGCCGGAAUUGCUGGAAGCGCUGAAGCGGCUGCGGCACCGCCUUCCGCCUCGACAGUUCUUUCACCACGUAUCAGACAUGCCGCACAACAGAAGAUGCCCUAAGCCCAGAUGGCGCAUCGGUCCACACAACGGGCACCCGAAGCCCCUGCGCGCUCGCUGGGGAGCGGGCCCGGCGGGCGGGGCCCCGGGGCGCGUGGGGCCCGCGGGGGCUGGGGCGGGGCCCCGCGCGGCCCCUCCCCGCGCCCCCGCGGAGGACUACGCCAGCCUGGACGCGCUGUGCCUGCAGAUGACGGAGCAGGCCAUCAACUGACGCGGGCCCGCGGCCCCGCCCCGCUGACCGGCGCGAGUCGUCUGACGGUUACGUGAUGUGGUUUCCGCGCGGUUUCGUGUGAGAUCGUUAGUUUUGUUGACUGGGCUCGCGGUGGGCGGGACCCUUAGUGACGCAGUAGCUAGAGAAAUUCCGGUUCCAGGCGCGACCCCGACCUCGGCCGGGUCCGCCGCCCCGCCGUUAACGUAUACAAAUUAUUACUAGGUAGGCCAGGAUUAUAGCUUUUUAUAACAAAUCACCCGCAUUUGUAAAACCUAUAGUUUCACUCCCUGAAUACUUAGCGUAAGUAUUCUAACGAUAAUGCUAGUUUAAUCGGUGACAUCGACUCGAUUGUAUACAACUAAUCGUAUCCUAAAUUUCUCUGGUGCUAAUUUUUGCGAGGUUUUAUUUGUAGUUAGCUGUAUAGUGUAGGUAGACAGGGCGCGACCACGAGACCGUGGGGCGGACGCCGUAGAUAGUUUACGUUGUCACGUAAUGUAUGUACGUAUUGCUGCGUCGACUUGGCUCGGCAGCUCGCGACUCGCGUCCGAAACAGCAACGUGUUUGCAAUACGAUGCCUAGCUGCAUGGUAUAGGAGUUAGGGAACUAAUAAGAUAUAAAUAUUGACUGCAGUAGAUGGCUACUGCUAAUGUUCUACGUAAGAUUAAUUGACCGCCUAUUAGAGUACGCGAGUUCCCUUAGCGAGGCCGGGGGCUGGGUGGACGCAGAAGUGAAUAUAUAAUUGUUGUCGUGUACUGACCGGGUAUUGUUGAAUAGUGACUGUUACGUUAGCACGUCUGGUCUCAGCGUGUCUCACAACUAUUAUAAUGUUAACGUGAAUUAGUUAUAAACGUUGUUGACUGAUGUUUGCAUAAUUUAUAAAGUUCGCAAGCUGUUUAUUAUUAUUUUUUAUUUUAUUCUAUUCUAUUUAAUGUAAUGAAUAUUUAUAUUCAGCAAUUCAUGUUUUGACUGGAUCAAAAAUCUGAUUGUAACGUGUGCAAUUUAUAAUUUUUUUAUUUACGCAAUAUUUUAUCUAUAGAAUGAAAUUAUAGAAUUCUUGUAAAUAAUGAAGUAGUUCGCAUUGUAUUUAUAAGGGUUAUUGUUUUGUACAAAACAUGUGUUGAUGACAGAUUAUAAUAUAUAUA